AUGCAGCGGUUCGAGGAGCUGAGCUCGGCCCUUCGACUGCGAGCGAGGAGGUCUGCACGCGCUGCUGACAACAAGCCUGCAAAGGUGCCGAUUGGUGACAGCUCUGCGAAAACGUUCAGAAUCCUUUGUUUCCAUGGCUUUGUGCAGAAUGGCGACAUUCUCAAGCAGAAGACUGGCUCACUGCGCCGCGCCAUGAAGGGCUGCGAGUUCAUUUUUUUGGAUGCUCCGCACUCUGCCGCCGGCGCUUUCCAGGAGGAAACUGCUGCUGAGAAGCAGGAGGUGCUUGCCCAGGCAGCGGCAUCCGAAGGCGUUGGCCCACGUGGUUGGUGGGUUUCCGGGGAGAAUGCCCGGAAGCAGCAGGGCGAGGCAUGGGUGCGUCCUGCUCAGUCCUAUGCUUGUGUUGGCUUCGAAGAAGGCAUGGCAUGUGCCAGAGAGGCUGCUGUCAGAGCGUGCGAGGAUGGCCAACAAAUUCAUGGCGUCUUAGCCUUCUCGCAAGGAUGCGCGGUUGCCACAUGCCUUCUCCGGGAAGCGCAACUGGACGAAGGACAUCCGCUCUCCAGCGUGAAUCUGGCAAUCCUCGUUGGUGGCUUCGUGCCACGCGAUCCGGAAACAGCUGCAUAUCUGCACGGAGAUGUGCUGCAAGUGCAUUCACUCCACGUAUCCGGGGCCAAUGAUCUCCUGGUGCCGAAGCUCCGGAGCGAAGCCCUCGCCGCCUUGUUCGACUCUUCCACAUCCACGUGGUUUGAGCAUCCAGGAGGCCAUGGCAUCCCAACUGGCACCGGCCUCUUCAAACAAGAUCUCCAGGCUCUGCUGCAGCGAGCACUGAGGGAUUCCCAGAGCUGA